AUGGACCAUGCCGAGGCCAAUGCUGCCCCAGAUGGCGAAAUUGUCGUGGCCGUUCGAGCCUUUUCCGAGCUGGAACCGCGGCCAGAAAAGGGUGCCGAUUGCGAAUUGAAAAAAGGCAAUGGGGUUGGACGCAUUCCUGGAGAGCGAAUUGUAGAGACAAAGGCUGAGUCGCCGCCUAAAAAGUCACUGUCCUUCAAGCUUGCUUUCAUGGGGCUUGCGUUGACCCUCCUUGUUUUUCAAGUAGACGCAACCUGCCUGAGCAUUGCCCUGCCGGCUGUCUCUGGUGAACUGAGAGGCUCCAGUCUGGAGGCAUUCUGGGCCAAUCUGGCUUACAACCUCUGUGGCCUGGUCAUGCAGCCGGUCUGGGCCAGUGUUUCCCACGCGUUCGGUCGGCAGUACCCUCUUUACGUCUCCGUUGCAUUCUUCUUCACUGGUUCCAUCGUUUUUGCUCUUGCUCAGAAUAUGAGAGUUUUAAUCGGCGGACGGGUCACCCAGGGGCUCGGUGGCGGAGGGAUUGACAUCCUGUCGACGAUUAUCCUCGCGGAUAUGACGACGCUGGAAGAACGCCCCAAGUAUCUCGGCUUGAUUUCCAUCCCCUCCGCGGUUGGGAACAUCAUGGGUCCCUUCGCGGGCGCGCUCUUCUCCUCAUAUGUCACCUGGAGGUGGAUUGGCUGGAUCAACCUGCCGAUUUUGGGAACAGGGACGGUGCUUCUGUUCUUCUUCCUCAAGCUUCGGCCUAUCUCAUUCGGUUCAACACUCGCAAGCAACCUGAACCGCCUCGAUUGGAUCGGUAUGGCGCUGGUCGUUGUCGGAAUCACCAGUUUCUGUGUACCGGUCAGCUGGGCGGGGUCUUUAUACCCAUGGAGUGCCUGGCAGACCCUCCUCCCAUUGCUUUUGGGAGCUGCUAUCCUCGUCAUAUUCGCUUACUUUGAGGGCAAACCGGCUGCACCUAUAAUCCCCCACCGACUGUUCAAAUCGAAGACGGGAAAUAUGGCAAUGCUGGGCGGCUUCAUCCAUGGUAUGAUUCUCAUCUCCCUCCUGCAAUACCUACCAUUGUUCUAUCAAUCAGUGGAACGGGAAACGGCGAUUUCAUCUGCGAUUUUCCUGCUGCCCACUGUUAUCGUGAGCGUGGUAGUUGCAGCUGUGUCAAUGAUGAUGGUUCCGUUGUUCGGUGGCUAUGUGUGGCUCCUGCGGCUUUCAUGGGUCACUACUACGUUGGGAACCGGCUUGCUGGUCCUGCUCAACGAGGAUUCGUCGACGUCUAUGCUGUACGGGGUUCCAAUUCUCUGGGGCCAAGGCGUUGCCCUGCUCCGUCUUAUCCUGCUUCCCGUGCAAGCAAGUACAAAGAAUGCCGACGACGAAGGCCUAGCGACUGCAAAUUUUCUCACUAUUCGCAUGUUUGGGGCCCUCAUCGGCCUCGCUAUCGCGUCGCCGAUUUUCAACAGUGUUUUUGCAACAUCCAUCGCUGACACUGCAGUCCAGCUAACUGGAGACUUGGCUCCUCUGGAGGAUGCCUCCAAUGCCGUAAACUUUAUCGGCGAGUUGAGAGCACUCGACGUCCCCGCGGCAACUUUGGAUGCAGUCUUGCGCGUCUACCUCAAGUCAUUCCGAGCCGUUUUCUACACAAUGACUGGGCUGGCCGGGCUGGGGCUUGUGAGUUCUUUCUUCCUGGACGAGAUCGAACUAAAGAGACGGGGUCUUGGCAACCAGCGCUUCGAGGACUAG